AUGCUGCUGUCUGAGUUUUCGUUACUGGCUGUCACGGCCAGCGUCGCACUCGCAUCCCCAGUGCAUCUUCCGUCUUUAAUCCAGUCUCGAGAGGCCGGCGUAUAUAAUGCCAGCAAUCCAAAUAUCACCAUCUUCGCCACUGGCGGUACAAUCGCCGGAAGUGGAAGCUCCAGCGACCAAACAACUGGAUACAGUGCUGGAGCUCUAGGCGUCGAUAUACUCAUCAGUGCCGUUCCUCAACUAUGGAACGUUUCGAAUCCUACAGGCGUCCAAGUCGCAAAUGUUGACUCCGGAAGCAUCACGCCUAGCAUCUUGCUCAACCUGACCCAGCAAGUGCAAACCGCUCUAGACGACCCCUACUGCCAAGGUGUGGUCGUCACCCACGGAACCGAUACGUUGGAGGAAUCAGCCUUCUUCCUCGAGCUCACCACCAGCUCGGAAAAGCCAGUCGUUAUCGUCGGCGCCAUGCGGCCGGCCACAGCUAUUAGUGCAGAUGGUCCCAUCAACCUCCUCGAAGCAGUGACAUUAGCCGCUAGCCCCGAGGCCAGAGGUCGCGGCACGAUGGUCGUCCUCAACGACCGGAUAGGGAGCGGAUUCUACACCAGCAAGUCCAACGCCAACUCCCUGGAUACCUUCAAAGCAACCGAGCAGGGAUACCUGGGCUGGUUCCAAAAUAUCAAGCCCAUAUUCUACUACGCUCCCGCGCUACCGAUGGGGAAACUGCACUUCGACGUCAUGGAUACGGCUGAGUUGCCGCAGGUGGACAUCCUAUACGGACACCAGGCUCUGAACCCUGCUUUGGCUCCCGCUGCUGUCGAAUCGGGGGCUAAGGGUCUUGUGCUUGCCGGGAUGGGGGCAGGGGGCUGGACAGAUGGCGGCAAGGAAGCUGUUGAGAAGCUUAUCGCGGAAAAUGGCACGGCCGUCGUUUACUCGCGCCGGACGAUGGAUGGAUUUGUUGAGCCGAAAGGAUCGAUUGGAUCGUAUGGUGGUGGGUUCUUGAAUCCUCAAAAGGCCAGGAUAAUGCUGCAACUGGCGCUGAAUGCUGGAUAUGGGGAUGCGGAGAUGGAAACCAUCUUCGAAUCUGGCAGUGAAUAA